GAACCGCACACCGACACGCAUCGGGCCCGGAGAUUGCGAGUCGGGGACGUCGACGAACAACGGGGCAAUAUCUUUUUAACGGCGCGCACGUGAGAUCCUUCCGAUGGUACCCCUGUUACCGAUAUCAGCAUUUUUGGGAUGGAACCUCCUGUUGCUGGGUUCAGUUAUUUCGGACUGGUCGGAAAUUUUAACGAUUUAUCCGACAAGACUUCUGCUACAUAACUUGUCGAGAAUAAUUCACAGAUUACCUAGAUUCUUUUUAACCCCCUGAUAUAUUAUGAUGUAUUUGUCUGGUGCGUUUAAUUACAGUUACACUAUUAAAACAGACAAAGAAUAUUGAAAUUUUAUUAUGCAAAUUGGAAUCCUUCUCCAAAUUGAAGCAUAUUAAACAUUCCAAUAUAAUUGAUCACCAGUUACGAGUGCAUCAGAUUCCUCAAAAUAAAGCAAGGGGUUAAGGAGCGAUCAGAGAACAUCCAUAACGAUUUUCAAACGACCACCCUCCAAUAUUCCGCGCGAGUUGUUCGAGGAUCCUACGCGUUCGACGUACGACUCGAUAUUUCAACUCCCGAAGUAUUUAUGUUGGCUACAAAAGCCGUGGCGAGCCGAACGUUUUCGAGGAUCCUUCUUUUGCCUUUUUAUCUCGGGGAGCAAAGGCGAACGACGCGACGUCUCGCCGUAGGCGUGCAGACUCAGGAGACGUUCAUCGUUGGGCCUUACAUGGAACUCGUCUGAGUCACUGACCAAACUGGACUAUGUAAAUGCGUUCGGCAAGCUUCGAGAACUGGUCGUCUGUUUACCGCGUUAAAUCUUUCAAGUUGCUUUUUUUCUUCAAGACCCUCGCUGAGACUGGCGAGAUUAUACGCGAACUAGACUUUUCCUGUAAAUCCAUCAAAAUUAGACUGUUGCGGAAGCUUGUUAAAUGUCGCUACUCGUUUAAGUUUUUUAACAUGUAAACUGAACAUUGCUGGUUAAGUUAAAAGAAAGAGUAAUCUACCUAUCAUAACAUUUGUCGACUCGUUUAAGUUUUUUAACGUGUUAAAUGAACAUUGCUAGUUAAGUUAAAAGAAGGAGUAAUCUACCUAUCAUAACAUUUGUCGACUUGCAAUCAGAAUCGAUUGAAUGAAGAUUGUUAUGAUCUAAUUGAGAAUCGAUACCCGAGCGAAGAACUCGUGAUUUACGACGUACUCGAUCAGUGAUCAAUUAUCGUACCGGUAAAGGAAAGCUUUCGGGUCAACGAAACCGAGACACGUCGCGCCAAGCAGAAGGUUUAAAGACGCGCUAACGACGGAAGAAAGUUAACGAGGUCGCUAUUGGACGCAUGUGAAAGUUAGAACGUUACCUGCCUUUUUCGGGCACCAGAGACAUCUAUUGGUGCCUGGUAAUAAUCUUGCCGAGAUUUCCGAUCGAUCUUAUCGUUCAACCGAUUCGAAACAGAUUAUUUUGACUUCACAAAAAUUUACUAGUAAAGCGUAAGACUUUCUGCUGCCGGAUGUCUCAGUUAACCAUCGUUUAGAUAAAUGUUACGCUUUUCGGGAAAUUACACGCUCGUUAAGGUCGAUAAAUGGCUCGGUUCAAACGCCGAGUGUCAGUGAGGCUACAUCAGCCGAGUAACGCUGUACAAAACUCAAAGUAAAUCAGAAUUUUCAAGAUCAUGAUUUCCUUCGUGCUGCUUCUUCCGCUUCAACUCGUUACAGUCACCGCUUUACCUACUCUUGGUUACGUUGAUCGACAUCGUUUGGAGACGUACGAGGACCUGUCAAAAGAAUCGAGUGAUUUCGACCUCUUUGCGAACUUGACGUUUCGAUUCACUUGCGAAGGCAAACAGACCGGCUUGUACGCGGAUUUGGACUACGAUUGCCGAAUUUUUCAUGCCUGCGACGAUUCGGGGAAAGGUUUCCCGGUGAUUUGUCCAAAUAACACGUUGUUCGAUCAGAGAGAACGAAUCUGCACGGAUAAGGACCAAGUUGACUGCGUACACGCGGACGAAUGGUUCUAUCUAAACGAGCUGUCAUAUUCUCUGGAGCUAGAAGAAGAUGCAAAAUCGAAGGAACAAGAAGAAGUACCUUCUGUACUGCCUCUCUUACUGUCGUGACAUGCUGUGCGAUUUUUAAAAUAUCGACUAUGUAAAA